CUUGUUUUCAAAAAGGCGUUUAACUGAUUCAGACUAAGUGACUUGCAUGAAUUGAGAGAAAACAACAUCAAAUUCUUUCAAAAUGUCUAUUAUGUCAUACAAUGGUGCGGCUGUUAUGGCCAUGAAGGGUAAAGAAUGUGUGGCCAUAGCAGCAGAUCGACGAUUUGGAAUUCAAGCUCAAACCAUCAGCACAGAAUUUGACAAAAUCUUUGAAAUGGGUCCACGAUUAUUUGUUGGUCUACCUGGACUUGCUACCGAUGUGCAGACAGUAUCACAGAGAUUGAAAUUUCGUCUAAACCUUUAUGAAUUAAAGGAAAACAGACAUAUCAAACCAAAAACGUUCCUGAGCAUGGUUUCAAAUCUCCUGUACAGUAGAAGGUUUGGCCCCUACUUUGUUGAGCCGGUUAUUGCGGGUCUGGACCCCAAGACGAGUGAACCAUUCAUUGCAAGUCUUGAUCUGAUUGGUUGUCCCAUGGUUACAGAGGACUUUGUAGUGUCUGGCACCUGUGGGGAACAGAUGUAUGGAAUGUGUGAAACAUUGUACAAACCUAACCAGGAGCCUGAUGAUCUGUUUGAGACGAUCUCACAGUGCCUGUUGAAUGCCGUGGACAGAGAUGCAGUGUCUGGAUGGGGCGGUGUUGUCUACAUUAUAGAGAAGGAUAAGGUGACCAAGAGACUUCUAAAGGGAAGAAUGGACUAGAGUGUUCAUUGUGCUACUGUCAUGCGGAAAGUGCUUCAUCUGUCAGACUCAUUUGUGACAUUUUGCAGGAAAGACCAUCCAACGUUAAAUUUUGGGUUAAAAUGUUUGUGCACAGUGCUAUUUUAGGGGAAUUAUCAUUGCAACAGUUGCUGUAUGUUUUAAAAUUAGCUAACAUUCACUACAAAGCAAGAUACAUCAUCAUUUUGGCAUGUGACAAUAUUUUUUGUACUUCAUGCAAAUAUAUUUAUGUUAUGUCUU